GUGAGUUCACAGGCAAAAGCUCCGUUUUACAGCAGGAAGUGUUUGGGACCACCGAGAACAGGAGGACGCACUUCUGUCUGUAUUUUUCUUCCCCGCCAAAUCAUUAGCAGAGGUGAAGCGUCAUGGGGAAACACAACAGCAAGCUUGCCCCUGAGGUCCUGGACGACCUGACCAAGAACACGGAAUUCAACGAGGCCGAGCUUAAGCAGUGGUAUAAAGGCUUCCUCAAGGAUUGCCCCUCUGGCAUCCUCAACCUGGAGGAGUUCCAACAGCUCUAUGUCAAGUUUUUUCCAUACGGCGAUGCCUCCAAGUUCGCCCAGCACGCUUUCCGGACGUUCGACAAGAACGGCGACGGGACUAUCGACUUCAGGGAGUUCAUCUGCGCCCUGUCCAUCACCUCCAGGGGCAGCUUUGAGCAGAAGCUGAACUGGGCCUUCAACAUGUACGAUCUGGAUGGCGAUGGCAAAAUCACCCGUGUGGAGAUGCUCGAGAUUAUUGAGGCCAUUUAUAAGAUGGUGGGCACGGUGAUCAUGAUGCGCAUGAACGACGACGGCCUGACCCCGCAGCAGCGCGUCGACAAGAUCUUCUCCAAGAUGGACAAGGACCAAAACGACGAAAUCUCCCUGGAGGAGUUCAAAGAGGCGGCCAAAUCGGACCCCUCCAUCGUCUUACUGCUGCAGUGCGACAUGCAGAAGUAAACGCCGAUUGCGUGGAGUCAGGAAAAGAGGAAAGGGGAGGAGAUGGAGGGAGGGAGGGAAUCUAGAGAAAUUGCGGCGGUGGUAUUCAAUCCAUCACUAUGAAUCAAGGGAUAUUUAGAAAACAAUCCAAAAAAAGGUUCCCCGAGUGAUUAGAUGUCGGAAAUACGACGGAUUUAUACAUGAAUGCGUCGCUGGUGUGUUUGGGCGUCAUCGGUCAAAUUCUCUCCCACGUGGAAGAACAUUUUUAAAUGGAUUACUGUACAACAUAACAUCUGGGCUUAAAGCAAAACUUCAUUAAAAGUCCAUUACACUGAUGUCAUGGUUAUAAACAGCAUCAAGGGUGAUUACGCGCUACUUGUUUGAAAGCAUCUGACGAGAAAAGUCAGGAUUAUUUCCAUACAAGAAAUAUAAAUUUUGUAUAAUGUUGCUAUUAAAAAUCACAAAUUAGAGACUAAACUGCACAAGAAGUGACAACAAUUGCAUGACUAACGAGCGUGACUAUUACCUGGAAAGGUCAAAUGUUCCUCGGAGAUUUAAUGUGCAGACGGCGUUUCGCUCCCGCCGCCGUCCUGUCCCCGCUCGCUUUGUCUCCGUCUUUCUCCCCCGAAAUGUCACAGGGGAAGCUCUUUGAUUUAUGGCACAGGUAGAGGAACUGUGUUGAACUCCGCUCUGAUCUAGAAAGAAAGAAAAAAAAAAAAAGUGAGAAAUCAAUGUGGGGGGAAAAUAGCAAAAGGUUGAAAAGGGAAGCCUGUGAUGUGGUUGCCAAUGUGACAUCUAAACCUGGGCUAAAAUGCUACGCUAACUGACGACAUUAAAAUCACCAGCUUGAAUUAGCUGUCGGACAUUUUGCAAUGUGUUAGCGUUUGAAAUGUCCAACUUUCUAACGAUCCCUUGAAUGUGCUAGGAAUUAGAUUGCUGCGCGUCCUCCUCCAUCUCCUCAAAGCUCCUGUGUUUGAUAUUGUAAUUAUCAUAAAAUGUAUAUGUACAUUAUAUAUGUAUACACAAUGGUAUUUAUGAUCAUAAACCAAUGUAAUAUGUAAAUGUAUUUGUAGCUUAGAUCUACUUUCGUAACGAUGACGCAGCUACAGUUUGUGUGUGAGUGUGUGUGUGUGUGUGUGUUGAGACCUUUUCAGGCGUUCACAUAUUUUUUUAUUAGAAUCGUUUGAGUUACAAGGACGUCUCGGUCUAGUUUUACAAACGUGUGUAUUGCAAGUAUUGCUCUUGCGUUUGUGCUCUUGUGUGUGCGUUGGGUGUGCAUGUGUGUGUUUGAGGUCACGCGUGUGUGCGAUUUCAUUCGCUUUGGAACACACUAUGAAAAAGUCACUUGGGUCUGAACAUAUGACAUUGUGGACAGUGAGGGGAUGUAGACGUUAUGUGUCACAGUGUCACCUAACGGAUGGAAGCAGAAUGGCAGGCCAAAAUAUUACACUGUCCCUUUGUUUUAGUUGUGCCAGAUUAUCAAUACUCAUACGUGGCAAUUAUUUUGUGCACAGUCCAACAAAAAUGUGGCCCAUGUGUGCAUUGGAUGGCGUCAAAGUUUGGUUAUCAUGCUAAGACGUGAGCUAUUGCAACAAAUCCGCGUAGAAGAGGUGCGCUAAUUUGUUUUUGUCCUUUUUAUUUCCACUGAUUUGAUAAAUAAUCCGACAAAAUGGCCCCCUCUACAAUCAAUUUCUGAUACAAGGACCACUUUGGACCCAAGAGAAACAAAAUCUAUUUCCUCCCCAAAACAAAUUGCAAUUUCUCAUCACUUGUGUGGAGCCUCUGGUUGGAAAUUUAAUUCUGAAGUGCCAAAGAUGGGUUUGUUUUGCUUGGAGCUGAAAAUGAAAGGAACCAUCACUCACAUCACCACAAAUGCUUUGUAUUUCUCUUUUGCAAAUGUCGAUUUGUCUUGUCAGAUGCUUCCUGGUUUUGUUUUGAUUAGAAAGAAAAUAAAAAGUGCCGUAAUUAUUUUUGUUACAUGGAUUAAAACAC